AUGGCCUUAUUUGUUAGUUUUCACGCCCAUGUCAAACCUAUAACUCACCAUUAUGUCUUGCCCAAAGCUUCAUACACAAUUCAAAACCAUGAACCCGUAAUCAAGAACCAAAAUUUGAAGUCAGAUACCAGUGUUAAAAGAAGACGAGCAAAACGAAUCAAAACAUUAGUUGACAAAGGUAGUAUCUCGUCGACAAGAAGGCUUUUAUCUUAUGUGGAAUCGGGGUGUUUAGAAGAUGCCCUCCAUGUGUUUGAGAAUAUGAGUGACUCAAGUACUUUCAUAUGGAAUGUGAUAAUAAGGGGACUAGCCAAUAACGGGUUCUUUGAAGAAGCUAUUUAUUAUUAUCACCGUAUGCAGUUUGAAGGUGUAGAAGUCGAUUCUUUUACUUUUCCAUCUGUAAUCAAGGCGUGUACUGCGAUUUUUGCCACGAUAGAGGGACAAAAAGUUCACUCGAGGAUAAUUAAGCUUGGUUUGGAUAGUGAUAUUUACAUCUGCAAUGCUCUUAUAUUGAUGUAUGCAAAAGUCGGAUAUGUAAAGGAUUCUGAUGAAAUAUUUGAAGGUAUGCAUGUUAAGGAUUUGGUUUCUUGGAAUUCUAUGAUCAGUGGGUAUGUUUCAGCUGGCGAUGGUCAGAGCUCCUUGAUGUGUUUCAGAAAAAUGCAGGCAGAUGGAUUACAACCUGACAGGUUUAGCAUUAUUAGUGCUUUGGGUGCUUGUGCUCUCGGGCAUUUUUUGUUGAAUGGAAAGGAAAUCCACUGCCAAAUUGUCAAGGAAGUCGGAAUUCAGGUAAACAGAAGAGGAGAUAGGUGUGUUGUGUAUCUUAAAAGAAAGACAUGGUAA